AGGAAGAUUUAGAGGUGGUCACAUGCUGCGCUCUCCUUCUCUGAGGGAACGUACACGGACCACCUGUGCCCCGACGGAGGACCCGCUCCCAGGAUGAGCCCCCAAUAGGAGGAGAGAGGUCAGAGGGCACAUUAGGGCUCAUGGGACAGCACCCCCAAAUGUCCACUUCAGGGAUCAACAGGAUGGCGUCUCCAUCAUCCCCGGGGACGAGUGGCAGCCCCCCGCCGCAUGCUUCUCCCUCCCCCAAAAAGACCACUUUCCAGUCUGUGGGCUCGCUCUCGUCGGGCACCGCCUCACCUGCCGGACCCAGGAUGCCGCCCAAUCCCCCGAAUUCCCCCAACAUGUCGAUCAUGAGCUCGCCUAAACUGUGGCACAAAACCUCCAUCUCCAGGCUGGCAGAGGAGUUCUUCUGGAUCGGGGGCAGCGUGGUCGCUCGGCCCCAAUGGAGGCUGGGACAGAUCGUGGAGAGGUCCAUGUGUACCAUGCAGACGGGAACACAAAUGAGCAAACUGAAAGGAAAGAAGAAAGGAUUUACAAGGUUCUACUUCCUGGACGAGCACAGGUCCUGCAUCAGGUGGCGACCAUCUAGGAAACACAACAAAGCCAAAAUAACUAUCGACUCAAUCCAUGAGGUGCGGGAGGGCAAAAAGUCGGAGGUGUUCAGGAGGUACGCAGACAACCGCUUUGACCCCAACUGCUGCUUCAGCAUUUAUUACGGCGAGCGCGUCAAGUCCCUGGACUUGGUGAGCACCAACGCCGACGAGGCGCGGACCUGGAUCUCCGGCUUGAAGUACCUCAUGGCCGGCAUAAGCGACGAGGACAGCCUGGCUCGCAGGCAGCGCACCAGAGAUCAGUGGUUACAGCAGACUUUCUCCGAGGCGGACAAAAACGGUAACGGCACCUUAAGUAUCGGGGAAGUCCACCAGCUGCUCCACAAGCUCAACGUCAAUCUACCCAGGCAGAAAGUCCGGCAGAUGUUCCAAGAGGCGGACACGGACGAGAACCAGGGUUCUUUGGGGUUUGAGGAAUUCUGCUCCUUCUACAAGAUGAUCUCUACGCGCAGAGACCUCUACCUGAUCCUGAUCUCCUACAGUAACCAGAAAGAAGUCAUGGACCUGCAGGACCUGGCUCGCUUUUUGGAGAAUGAGCAGAAGAUGCGAGGUCUGGCCAGGGAGCACCUGGUUGACAUAGUGGCCAAGUUUGAGCCGUGUCCUGAGAACCUGCAGCGUAUGGUCCUGGGAAUAGACGGUUUCACCAACUACAUGCGAAGCCCCGGCGGGGACAUCUUCAACCCGGAGCACCACCUGGUGAACCAGGACAUGACACAGCCUCUGUGCAACUACUUCACCGCCACGUCACACAACACCUACCUGACAGGUGACCAGCUGCUGUCCCAGUCCAGCGUGGAGAUGUACGCUUACGUCCUGCAGGCCGGAUGCCGCUGCGUGGAAGUGGACUGCUGGGACGGACCGGACGGGGAGCCCAUCAUCCACCACGGGUACACCUUGACGUCCAAAAUACUCUUCAAAGACGUCAUUGAAACCAUCAACAAAUAUGCCUUCGCUAAAUCACAGUACCCGGUGAUUCUGUCCAUAGAGAACCACUGCACGGUGCCGCAGCAGAAAAGGAUGGCCGAGUGUCUCAGAGAGGUGCUGCAGGACAAGCUGGACGUGUCCAACGUCAACAUUCAGGAAUGCAAGAAGCUGCCCAGCCCUGAAAUCCUGAAGGGCAAAAUACUGGUCAAGGGAAAGAAGCUUCCCGUAACCCUAGACUCCGACGCUGAGGAAGGAGACGUGUCUGAUGAAGACACCGGAGACGACGAAGACGAAGACGAGGAGGAAGACAAUGACACACAAGAGGACGACAGCGGCCUUGCUGCUCAUCGACCAAAGAAGAGACGAUUCGGCAGGUCGAUCAUGAGGAGCUUCAAACGCAAGAGGAAAAAGACAAUGAGAGUGAGGAGUAAAGGAAGGUCUGAUGGAGAGUCGGACUACAGCAGCAGCAGCAGAGACAGGACGCAGAUCGUUUAUCACCCCAAGAAAAGGAAGACAAUGAGGUUGUCCCGCGCUCUGUCCGACCUCGUCAAGUACACAAAAUCCGUCCGAGUGCACGACAUAGAAACACAAGGUACCCAUCAAUUAUCUUACUUCCCUGUCAGAUCUUGUAAUGGGAAAGUUCACAGCGUCCUUUUGUGUUUGCUAGCCUUUGCCAACAGUUGGCAGGUGUCGUCGCUUAACGAAACCGUCAUGAACCAGAUCCUGCAGCUGAAACCCGGUCCGCUGGUCCGCUUCAACCAGCGCCAACUCCUCAGAGUCUACCCGUCCAACUACAGGGUGGACUCCAGCAACUUCAACCCGCAGCCCUACUGGAAUGCAGGAUGUCACAUGGUGGCCAUGAACUAUCAAACCGAGGGCCGCAUGCUUGAACUGAACCGUGCCAAGUUCUCAAGCAACGGAAACUGUGGCUACAUUCUCAAGCCUAAAAUCAUGUGUAAAGGUGCCUUUAAUCCCGAUUUGGAAGAUCCGCUUCCAGGGCAGAAAAAGAUCCAGUUAGUGCUGAAGAUAAUCAGUGGUCAGCAGCUGCCCAAACCCAAAGACUCCAUGUUUGGAGACAGAGGGGAGAUCAUUGAUCCGUUCGUUGAGGUGGAGAUCAUCGGUCUACCAGUCGACUGUUCAAAGCAGCAAACCAGAGUGGUGGACGAUAACGGUUUCAACCCCAUGUGGGAGGAGACUCUGGUAUUCAACAUCCUAAUGCCGAAGAUCGCCCUGGUGCGCUUCCAAGUUUGGGAUCACGACCCCAUAGGACGGGAUUUCAUUGGCCAGAGGACGAUAGCGUUUAGAAGCAUGAUGCCAGGUUAUCGACACGUGUACUUGGAGGGGAUGGCAGAGUCUUCAGUCUUUGUUCACAUUUCAAUCAUUGACGGCAGGAUCAAGCCCAGCAAUGCUGUCCAAGUGGCCAGAAAACACAUCCAAAAAGUGGCCCAGAAACACAUGAAGGGCCACCAAAGGCAGCCGUCCCUGGAGUUCUCUGUGCAGUCCUCAGAGGACUGGCCCCCUCUGUUUUUCCGCAAGGACGGUGACUCCUUCUCCCAGGACAGCAGAAAUGGAGAUGUGUCUCCCCUAGUUCAAGGGCCGGCGGCCAGGGCUGCCAUGCACAAAGGCGCCAUGAGUGAACCUAUGAGACGAGCUCAUAGGGUAAAAAAUCCCCUUCCUGCAGAGACCAGGAGAAGAAUAUUCAGCAAAAUGUCCUCUACCUAUUCAAGCCAGGUCGCUUCUUGCACAGUGGAGGACAGCUUUGACUUGGAUACCCCUCCGUGUCCGCAGAGUCCAAACAAGGACAGUAACUGUCCAGCUCCUGACUUCGAUGUAACUCAGUCUUUGGAAUCUAACGAUGCUGAGCUACACACACUUGGACCAGAGGAGCCUACAUCUUCUGAGACAAUCCAAAGGACUGAUCCACAACGACCAGAAGAACAUCCACUUCCAAUCCCUCAGUCCAUACCUCAACCUCCCUCUUCUUGGAAAGCCAAAUUCUCCCCUCUUAACCCUCCUUCAUCCCCUGUACGGGUCAGAAGGACUUUAGAGACCCCGGCCAAUCGGAGAGCCUUCACCCUGAUACGGGAAAAAGCCCGCACGCGCAGCUGCCCCCGGAAACCCAGCAACUCCCCUCUGACUCCCUUGGUGAACCGCAAGCCUUCUUCCUCUCACUGGCAGCAGACGUGGCGCCAGGUGAGGACCAUACCCAACGGUCUGUGUUUGUCCGACAGCUCGUCCAGUGGGGACGGCAGCUCGGACAGCCUAGAGUUAGGAGCCGGCGCUGUGGCAGCGGGCUCUGAGCAACACGAUGGCACCUUGCAGAGGGAGAUGAAAGCGCUUUUUGAGGAGAAGAUGCGGGAGAUCCGAUGUAAAUCACCAAUUUUUUUCGAUGAUGAUGACUUUUGAGUCAGCAAGCUGGACUUUGAGGUUCUUCUGGGGGUCUAACGGUUAUUAGAUUGGAGUAUUUUGACCAGCAUUUUCCUGCCUUUUUUGUAUCGCUGGAUGAACGGCACCGACACGGAAUGGGUAGGACUGCGGUGGAGCCAGCAGUUUUCCACCGCCGGUACUACAGGAUUCGUACAUUUCAUCAUCAGUGAUUUUCCAUAUUUUUCCAAAACCUUUUACUGAAUUUCCAUGAUGAAAAUGGAAAAUUGUAUUUCAAUUGGGACCUUUGAAAACUUACAGUAUAUUAUUACUUAUACUACAUACUAUUGUUCUAGUGGUACUCAUUUGGCAAAAUCUGGGACCUCGGGGACUACAUUUCUUGCCAUCUCAUGUGUCUCGUGUGU